AUGGCUCUAGUCCAUAUAAAUGAUGGAUAUCUCAUUCACUCUAUUAAGGUUGGAAACCUACCGAACGAUGGCUACAAGCUGGGGUACAGUUUAUCCACGUGUACUAUGGACCCUCCUUCAGUUCUAGCCAAGAUUAUAAUAGAAGCUAAGCUAGUAGAGGUUGGGUUCCUAUCCAGAGAGAGUAUCUGGAGUACUGAUCUGGAUUGGAUUGUUCCAAACAAUGAUCGUUUGAUCGUUCUUAGUUUCUUCACGGGAUCGUCAACUGUCAACCAUCUAGAGAGCACGACGAUGUUGUCUCCCGUGAACCACCCUGCCGACCAGAUCAGGAAGUUCCUUGAGCAGGACACCCCCUGGACACCCUUCUCCGCCGAGUUCAUCAACUACGCCCUGGCCCUCCUCGUCUUUAGUAUCCGCUACCCCGCUGUAUUCUGGAAGACGAACAAGGCCCUGGCGUUCUUCUUCUCCCUUCAGCUGGUCGGGAACGGGAUCCAGAACCUGAUGGCGUUUGCGGCAAUGUCGAUCAUGUACAAGGUUCAUGUGCUGGGACCCCAGAAUGUGCUGCACAAGUACGAACCGUUCCUUUUGAACACCCCGAUCUCCAUGCUUCUCUAUCUGCUCUCCUGCAUGAUAGUAACGGCCUCCUCCUCCGUGAUCUACAUGUACGGAUACCAAAAGUUUAUGGCGUUCCUCCAGACCGAACGCGAGAAGAAGACAAUCUUGUUGGCCGAGGGGAAGACCUCAUUAUGGCUCUACUUCCCCCACACUGCUGCUAUGUGCACGCUGAUCGCCCUGGCCGUGUGUAACGGCCCGCUUCUCUAUGACUUUACGAUCAUCUACAAGGGAUCGCUGGACGGAACAGUUUUAGUAUUUGUGAUCGCCACGGUGCUGCACUUGUUCCUGUGGAUCGUAACCUGGCUGUUCUUGACUGUAAAAAUGACCUGGAAGUUUAAACUUCGCGUCACUGUCGGCCGUGCAGCUGUUCACAACGCAAAGUCGAUCAAACUAGUCAACGACAUUGACCUUCACCAUCAACCAGUGGACAAGGAAAAUGCGCCAAUGCUAAUUGUUGGAUUUGGGAAAACGUUUACUGUACAUGACCAGGCUCCCAAGAAGUUGAUAAUGCGAACUCUUGCUAAGGCUGCUAUGGAAACGGACCGUGCUCUCGAAGAGGAAGAAACCUACUGGUUAAAGGGCGAUACUCCAUCCAAAGCUACGGCUCCGACUUCAAACACGAUAUUAAGAGUGCACGCGUCACCGAGCUUAAACAAGAGAAAUGAUGGAAACGACAGUGUGACCAGCCAAAGUCCAAGGCGGAUCAACCCAGGCCACACCUCCCCCCAGACCAGUACGGUACAGGAUACAGACGACAGGAUACCUAAAGACAGUAUCUACGGGACGAUUAGAACAAAAGGAAAAACUCGUCCCAUUACUGAAGGGGAAAGCUUACAAGCUCUGAAUACUGUUCAUCAACAUAUAAUUUCAGAAGAGGAUGUAGACAGCCUACCCCCUCCUCCUCUAGAUGAGGGCGGGGACCGACAGCCACACCUCCUCCCCCCUAGACCAGCGCCUAGGAAAGGGGGACACCCUCAAGAUGUUAUGGAUGUUCACACCCCUCGUAGCAAUCGCAGUAUAGACUCUGGACUUCCAGAUUCCAGCAGUACCACCUCUAGCAGCAGUCCCCCGGGCCAGCAGCAGCAGCAGCAGUUCACAGAGUCAGAGCAGCUGCAGCAUAGAAAGUCGAGCAGUUUAGACAACAUUCCGGUGCCAGCUGCUCUCCCGCCCGGUGCUGCGCACUGGAAGAGUUUCAGUCUGCAACGCGGCAUAGUUCCGCCAGGGGAGGACGAAGUGGGAACCGCGGUGGAUGGUCGUGGCGGUGGAUACGAGGAGAGGACAACCGCGGUCUUUGAAACAGAGGAAGAUGUUUACGGACGGUGUACAAACAUGAAGCUCACUUCUUUUACAGAAAUGUCACAG